AUGGCCCCAAUCCGUGCUGGUAAAAGCCAUAAGCGAUCGAAGAAGAACACCACGGAAAAGGUUGGGGCAAACGUUGUGAGGUGCGGAAGAUGGGUUAUUCGACAGACAAAAAUUCGAAAAGCUAGAGCCCAAAUUUUUUCUCCAAAGACGCCUCCAAGACAAGUUCCAAGUCAGGUUUCAGUCAAGAAGAAGAAGCAUUCAUCUUCUCCCUUCCCUUCAGAACAGUCGUGCACCGGCGAGAAUAGCAUACCAGUGCCUGCAGUUUUGUUGGAAAACUUAGGUUGUACUCGUAAAGAAUCCACUGGUAUGUCGUCAUCACAUGGUGCAUCAUGGCAAUACCAAUACGAGCAGGGAAGUAGUAGUAGUGAUGGUGAUGACAUGAUGAUAAUGGACAUGCUUUCGUCUUCGGACGACGAAAGGCAACCACAACGCAAUGCCCCCUUCACUGGGCAAGAAUAUGUAACACAUUUAUUGAAUGGGCAUCAAGAUACCAUACAAGAUGUCUUGCGUGUAGAUGCCCCAACGUUUAGGUCAUUGGUUGCUGAGUUGGUACUUAGAGGCAACCUUAAAUGGGAUCAUAUGCAUUUAUCUGUGGAAGAGUCAUUGGCCAUAUUCUUAUACAUUUGUGGGCAAAGCGGAAGGCAUAGAACUGUUGCAGAUCGUUUCCAACAUUCCACAGACACCAUAUGCCGACACUUCAAGUACAUGAGGCGUGCCCUUUGUACGUUAGCUCCAUUCAUAAUUCCACCGCCUGAUUUGAAUGUUACCCCUCCUGAAAUUAUCAAUGAUCAAAGAUUCUAUCCGUGGUUUAAGGACUGUAUCGGUGCCAUAGAUGGGACACACAUCGAAGCUUGGGUGCCUACCACACAAGAAACAGCAUAUCGUGGAAGGAAGGCUACCAAAACUCAAAAUGUGAUGGCAGCAUGUUCAUUUGACAUGAAAUUCACAUUUGUUUAUCCUGGUUGGGAAGGUAGUGCCCAUGAUUCACGGGUGUUCUUAGCUGCGGUUACAAAUCCUAAUCUUAACUUUCCGCACCCACCGAUCAACAAAUAUUAUGUGGUGGAUUCUGGAUACACCAACAUGCCUGGGUACCUAGCUCCAUAUCGUGGCGAAAGGUAUCAUUUGAAUCAAUACAAUGGUCCCAAUCCUGUCUACAACUCCCAUAGGGAGUUAUUCAAUCAUAGACACUCGUCGUUGAGAAAUGUUAUUGAAAGAUGUUUUGGGGUAUUGAAGAGACGAUUCCCGAUCCUUAAAAGUAUGCCCUCGUACAAGCCAGUGAGGCAACCUUCAAUUGUUACAGCUUGUUGUGUUGUUCACAACUGGAUCAUAAUCCAGCGUCAAAGAGACUUGUAUUUUGAUUCUUCGGAUGAUGAUGACGAUGAGGAAGAGGAUGGUGGAGAUAUUGAAGUCGUAAACAUGUCCCGUGGCGGUUUACAGCAAAUGGCCAAUAGGCGUGAUGAAAUUGCGACUCAAUUAUGGAAUGCACACAAUUGGCAUGGCUGGAAAAAGUUCCUAUUAUGUUGUUUUUGUUGGAAAAGUCCAUGGAACAAGGUCCUAUGAUGCAUGGAAGGUGUAUGUGGAGCAUCAAUCCCUUUGCUCUUAAAUGUUCAAUCCAACAUGGAUGGUCGUGGUGGUUCAAAUAAGUGCAUUUGUUUCUCACCUGGAGCAGUAAUGGCAUUUCUAAUUUAGUAGGUUGUCAUAUUUGUUUUUUCGAAGACACUUUCGUUCGGGGUAUGUAAUGGUACUAAUAUUUGCUGGUGUUUAGUGUUUAUGAAUGGUUCUGUUAUAGUAAUAUUGUAAUAGCUUUAAAACCAGGAUUUGAUUUUGCUUAUGUUGAAUCGUUGGGACUA